AUGACGGUCAUCGAGGCUUCCCCGGUCCCCUUAACCAAACCUGGUCUCGUUGUCAAAAUGGAAGACCGGAAACGACCCGCCUCACAUGAUCCAAAUGAUUUCACUCCACCACUGAAGAAACAAGCUACGUCUGUUAAUGGCGGAGGGAAACCUCAUCCUGACUCUGACAUGCCAUGGAAGGAUGAUUUGGAGCGCUUCCAAAAAGAUGCCAUUUGGCGCCAGAUGCAAGAAUAUAAACGGGAGAAGGCUACUCUUGAGACUCGUCUGAAGGAAUUGACUAAAUCAGCGGCUUACCACGAUGAUCAUCUUCGAAUUAUUGAUACCUGGCUGAAACAGUUGAUCGAUGAGAUUAUAAUCUUAGCGGGCCCUUCUGAUAAAUUGGAAGAAUAUACACCGCAGAGCGCUCUGUUAUUCAUUGGACAUGAGGAUUUUGAAAAGCAUCUAAAAGAACGUGCCGAAUCGAUCAAAUCUACCGUUUCACGACUAUCAUCCAAUGGUGGAUCAAAAAUACCUCAAGACAUUGUUGAGCUGAAAUCUCAACUUACUAAAGCGCUGGCAGAGCACAAGGUUACAAUCAUGGAACUUGAAAAGGCAUUGGCUGAAAAACUACAACUCGAAGAACGCCUGGAGGCCGCCUCUCUACGAUAUAUGGUAGCUGAAAAAAAAAUCGAUAGAGCAAAAAGUUUGACUGUUGCUCGCUUGGAAAAGCAAUAUAUUCUUGGCGCGCAAAAGCCUGUAGUAGAGAAUUCGUCGGCAGCACGAGAGGAGAGCUCCACUACCAAUGGCACAGGUGAUUCAUCGGAAAAGCUAUCUGAACUUGAAAUGUCCUACAAUAAGACACUUGCAGUGUCUGAAAUUCAAAGGGAUCAACUAGAGAAACUAGAGACGGAAAAUACCAAACUGUUGUCCCAGAUCACAGAGUUCAACGUGAAACUCUCAAAACUUUCCGAUGAGGAUUAUGCCCAAACCGAUCUCUUUAAACAACUAAAAUCUCAGCACGAGGACGUUAUCAAACGAAUAAACCAUCUUGAAGCGACGAACGUACAGCUACGUGAGGAGGCAAAGAAACUUCAAGCGGAAAGGACGGCGUAUCAGGUUCAAAUUGAAAACGAGGCCCAGCUUUCUAUCAAUGAAAAAGAAGCAUAUCUUUCAAAAGUGGAAUCAGACUUGACUCGUAUUAGGAAUGCCCGCGACGAACUUCUAGCUGACCAACAAAUGAGAAAAGCGUCCCAAGAACAAGAGAGACACUCCGUAACGCAGAUGAAAGAAUUACUGGAGGCCAAAGAAGCUCGUAUUGUCUCCCUUGAAUCAGAAGUGGAACGUUCAAAACUCAAAGCAAGUGAAAUCGAAAGCACAAGCUCGACUACUUCCGAUCUAUCCUUGUCAGAAUUGAAGACGAAAUAUGAAGUUUUGGAUAAGCAAUAUGAUUUAUUGAAUGCAGAGCUUUCAUCCAUGCAGGCUGCCUUCAAGCGCACAUCAAAAAUUGCUUCUCAAAAAAUAGCCGACUUUAUUGCUCUGGAAGAGAAGGCUCAACGGCUGGUAGCAGAAAAAUCUAAAGCCGAUCAAAAAUACUUCGCAGCUAUGAAAAGUAAAGAAGCGCGUGACCAGGAGCUUCGAACUUUACGCGUUCAAAACAUGAAGAGUUCCGACAUCAUAUCUCAACUUAAAGAAUCCGAAAGCACCACUCGAAAUUUGGUAUCCAAUGUUGAAAAACAGCUUUCUGAGACGAAGGAUGCGCUGAACGGCGUUCUAACCCAGAAUCGAGCUUCGCAGCAGCAAGUUACAGAGGCAAACCUUGCCAUUCAAGGUUUAAGGUUGCAAGUUGCAGAGCUGAAAGCUCUUGUUGCAAACAGAGAUGCCACCCUCGCCUUUGCAAAUAGUAAUUGUCGAAAGGCCGAAAGCGCAGCAGAAGGCCUCAAGGCGACGCUCGCUGACACUAAAAAAAGCCUGGAAUCUUGGAAAGCUAAAGGAGUAGGAAACUCAUCUUCGGAGUAUGAAAUGCUCAGGACUCUCGCACUUUGUACUGUAUGUCGCAGGACCUGGAAGGACACUGCAAUUAAAACUUGUGGGCAUGUGUUCUGCAAAGAAUGUGUUGAAGAAAGACUUACUUCACGGUCCAGAAAAUGCCCAAACUGCAAUAAGUCUUUCGGCAACAACGACUAUAUGCAUAUCACCCUUUAA